AAAAAUAGAUAUAAACUUUAAAAUUUCAAAGAAAAAAGACAAAAAAAACAAAAUCAAAAAUGGUUAUUUUAUGGAUUAUUCAUUAUUACUAAUAUAAUCAUUUCUUCAAAAAGAUAAACAAACUAUUUCUUCAUUGUUUCUAUGCAAUAUAAACAAAUAUAUAAAUGUUUCAUUCAUUUUUUUCGCUGAAAUAUGAAACAAUAUUCGUUUUUCAAAACAAUAAAGGAAUUAUAAUAAUUAAUUUUAAAAAUUAUUCAUAUUAAUAUUUAGUAUAAAAUAAUGUUCAAUGUAUUCAAUCUUAUAGAAAUUAAUUGGCGCUUAAAUUUCAUUUAAUUUGUUUUAAUUAUAUUUGAUUACGAAUAAAAGAAAUAAUAUUAGUUUGAUUUAAUCAUAUAAAAUUAACGAUGGAUAGAGAGUUAAUCAAAUGUAAUUCACAAGUAAACAAUAAUACAAAUAAUGAAAUGAAUAAUAAUACCAUUACUAUUACUUCUACAAACAGUGAAUUGCCAAAAUAUUCUGGAAGACAUUUAGCUAUUGCUGAUGAAUGGAUUCAAGCAACUGAAGCAAGAUAUGAUUCAAUGGAAAAUUUAUUACAAUCAGUACGUCAUGAUAUAGAUGUAUUAACAGAACGUUUAGAUCAGACAACACCAACAUCACCUGAACUUAUAAGACCAACAACAACAACAACGGUAAAGAUUGGUAAUAAACAAACUAAUAUUGAAGAGAAAAGCUCACCAUCAAAAUUGGAACAGUUAAAAGUAUCAUCAUGUCCACUUCAAAAAGAAAUAAGUCAAUCUUCAUUAGUAUCUCAUCAAAAGGAUUUAUCAGAUAACUUAAAAUGUAUCCCUGAAAAAGAACUAUUAGGUCUAAUGGCUGACAAAGAUGAGUUUAUGGAUAUACGGAUCCGUCCAAUAAAAAAUCGACUUUCCAACUCCAACGAGGAUAAAUUAUUUGAUUCUAAUAAUAUUCGUCAAUUUAAUGAUAAUCAUGAUGAUAUUAAUCACUACAAUAAUACUACUACUACUGCUAAUAAUAAUGAAUGUAGUAUUGGGGAAGAUAAAUAUUUAACAAAAACAUGGAGAUCACCAUCUGAUUUCAAUCUACAUGAUCCAUUCUACGAUAAUUCAUACGGUUUCACCAAUGAACCUUAUGAUAAUUGUAAUACUAACAACGCUAAUCAGCUUAGAACCAUGCAUUAUGUUAAAAUUAGACAAAUGGAAAGUAGCCAUAGAAUAAAUGAUGACAUUAAUAAUGACGAUGAUGAUGAUGAAGUUAUUGAAUAUAAUUUCCCUUCACAUGAUCACCAUUCCAUGAUAGAAACUGAUUUGGAUGAUUAUCAACCAGAUAAGCAAGAGAAUAGUACUACAGAAUCGGAGGACAGUUUGUCACCUGCUAUAUCACCAACAUUUGGUAAUUUAGCCUCAGACGAAAUCAAAUUACAAAAUAUGAUUAUAUCAAAUAAUGAUACAAUUACGUUAUCAAUCAGUAAUAAAUAUUUGACUGAAAAUAACAAUGAUGUGAAUAAUAGAAAUUUAAAUAGUGAGGAUUUUAAAGUCUAUGAUAAUGGGCAUUCAUUAACUACAAUUGAUGAGGCUUCGGAAGAGAACGAUGAUGAUGACUGGUCGUCAUAUGAACAUGAAAUUUCUAUAAAUAAUGGCAACAGUAAUAAUACUACUGAAAAACCCAUGGAAGAUAUUAAGAUUUCAAAACCUUCGUUUGAAUAUUACAAAGAUGAUAAAAUACCAAUAAAUCAAUUAACAAAUCAGGGAUUUAAAUCAUCCUGUACCGACAGUAAUGAUAAUAAUACUGAUAGGCAGGAGCAUAUUAUAAGACAAAAUGAAAAUGUUAAUCAAAUUGCUUUAGUUAAUCGACAGCAACAAAUUGAGACGAUAAAAUAUAAUAUCGAUAACAACAAUAGCAAAACUAAUUCAUUCGUAUGUAAUGAAAAAUGUAUAAGUACAAGUGAAUACAGUCAACAAUCACCUAAUAUUGUUCUAUUACGACCUAAAAAAAUAGAUAAUUCAUGUAUAACUACAAGUAAUUUUAAAUCACGACCAGUUUCAGCUGAAAUUCGUAAUAUUAAUAUCACUAAUAGCAAUAAAAAACUAGAAAAGUCACAUUCUGGUUCUUUAACUUCUAUGCUAUCAACAAUAAGUCAAGAAGGUGUUAUCAGUGAAGCUGAUUCCUAUGUAACUGUAUGCAGUAAUCUAAUUGGUACAGGCAGUGAGGAAGCUUAUAUAACAGCACAGAGUGAUUCAGAUGCAUUCAAUGAACAAACAUUAUAUACAAAUUCUCACACAGAUGAGGAAAAUGAUUACCAAACAUUAUCAUGUAAAAAAGUUAAAACAUUGUCUUGUCGUAGUCAAAAACGUAAAUAUAUUACCGAUCCAGGUCUGGAUAGUCAGUCAGCAUCGGAUUUAGAAAAUGAUAAUGAGACUAUUUUAGAUUCAACGUUAACCACAUCGACACCAGUAACAGUUACGCCGAAAUUUACUAAAUUACCAUCCAAAUUAAUUGCAUCCUCUGAAAAUGCUGUCGAAUUAAAACAAAAUGAUAAUGAAACAUUUGAUGAAAAAACAUAUAUUAUGGAUAGUAAUAAUAAUAAUGGUAAUUUAUGCGAUAUGCAUAAAUAUGAAGCAUUAUCAAUAAAUGUUAAAGGUUAGUUUGAUCUUAAUCAAUAUGUGUUUGUAGUAUUUUAAUUAUCUAGAAUACAUAUCAUUUCGGUUACAUUGACUUCGUUUAGAGCAUUUCUGAAAGAUGGUCUAAGGAUUCAUAGACAUUAAGACUUAUCAACAUUCGUCUUUAACACUAGUUGGUACGCAUUGAACUAACUUGAUAUUCUGACACAGUUGUACUUCUAAUCACGAUAAACUAAUUUCUUUAACAUUUUAGUAAAAAGACACUGUCAACAAGUACUUUAUUACUGUUGCUGGUUAUGUAUUUUACUUAAUAUUAGCAAAAUACAGAAGUCCAAUAAUGAGUAGGUAGGCGUCUCCCACAUCAUUAGGCACUUAAAAUCAAUAAGAAACUUUCUUUAGUCUUUCUAAUAAUUGUUUGUAGGAACUAACUUAAUUCAUACAGUUUUGUGUAAUCUGACUAGUCUCGUUUGUUAAAGAAACUAUGUAUAAACUUUGAAAAGCAGUACGUCUUUAAAUACUUUCAAUUUAUUUUUCUACUAAAAAAUCAACACUGACAUAUUUACGAAUAGAUACUUCUCAAAUGUUGUAUAUGACGUGAUUUAAAUUGUAAGUUGAAACGUUUUUCCGUCGUUUGAAUUGACGACUUUAUAAUGUUCAAGCAAAAUGUAUAAUAACACAAAGACAUUGAUAAACUUAGAACUGCAUAAAGCAUCUCAUUCUAGGGGUUUAUUUUUUGAAAAGUUUCAAAAAUAACACUCAUCACUGACAAACUAAUAGACGUAUUGUUCAAUAUUGAGACUUCAAAGAAAAG